AUGAACUGCACUCCUAAUGCCACCAUUGUGCCAGAGCUUGGCCUUGUCCUGAGCCCAGGGGCUGGUGAUGGAGGGUCCCAGGAGAGCGAUGGUGGCGGCGGCGGAGGCAGCGGUGGCCUUUGGGUGACGUCCCUGCUCGGCGCCACGCUGAUGAUCAUGUGCGCCAUGGGUGUGGUGGGCAACACGUACACGCUCAUCAUCACCCGCUCGGCCGCUUUGCGCCGGACGGGUUCCAUGUACGUCUACAUCAUCAACUUGGCUCUGGCAGACCUGCUCUACCUCUCCACCAUCCCCUUCGUGGUCUGCACCUACUUCGCCCACGACUGGCUGUUCGGCGAGGCCGGCUGUCGCAUCCUGCUGAGCCUCGACCUCCUCACCAUGCAUGCCAGCGUCUUCAUCUUGGUGGCCAUGAGCCUGGAGCGCUACCGAGCCGUGGCGAAGCCCUUCAGCGCACACAGGUCCUCGUCCCGUAAACGUAGGCUAGCCGCAUGGAUUAUCUGGGGGUUGUCUUUCGUGCUAACGCUUCCCAUGAUGGUGAUGAUCCGACUCCGGGAGGGCAAAAUAACGGCGGCUGGUUUGGUGAAGAGGAUCUGCUUCCCUACCUGGACCCCUGAGGCCUUCAAGGCUUAUAUAACCGCCCUGUUUCUAACAAGCGUUCUAGUUCCUGGAUUGAUAAUCGUUGGGUUGUAUGUUGGGCUAGCUAGCCGCUACUGGGCAGUGCAGGCUAGUUUCGGAGGCAGCAGCCAGUCCACCCGGAGGAGAGGACUCAAACAGAAAGUUGUGUCGAUGAUCUUUAGCAUUGUAGUGGCCUACUGGGUUUGUUUCUUGCCCUUCUGGGGAUGGCAGCUAGCCAAACUGUUCUCUCCAGAGUCCCUCAGAUCUUUGUCCCCGGCGGCUCAUAAUUACGUGAAUUUCUUUGUCACGUGUCUGACCUACGGGAACAGCUGCAUCAAUCCGUUCCUUUACACUCUUCUGACCCGGAACUAUAAAGAUUACCUGGCCCAGAAGGGUCAGUCCGUGGGUUCAAGCAGGGCCGACCCCGUGUCAGCUGUGACGACGCCACUGCAGGAACUCUAG